CCCGCAGCAGCAGCAGCAGCAGCAGCCACCAAAGCAGGGUGCUGAAAGAGAAGAGGAGGCAGGCUGGAUUGACCUGUGGUCAGGACCUCGGAGGAGCUUGGCAACAACCCACCUUGGAGAUGAAGGGAGAAGCUAGAAGUAUGCUGCAUGAUGACAAGUCAAAGCAGGAGGGACACAUCUGGGGCUCCAUGAGGAAGACAGCUUUCAUCCUGGGCUCUGGCCUUCUCUUGUUUGUGGCCUUCUGGAACUCAGUCACAUGGCAUCUUCAGAGAUUUUGGGGUGCUUCUGGCUACUUUUGGCAAGCCCAGUGGGAAAGGCUGCUGUCUACCUACGAAGGGAAAGAGUGGAUCCUCUACAUUAUAGGAACCACCCAAGUGCCUGGUCUGUGCUUCUGGAGCUUCAACGGGCUUCUCCUGGUGGUCGACACCACUGGAAAACCUAACUUCAUCUCCCGCUACCGCAUUCAGGUUGGGAAGAACGAACCUGUGGACCCUGUGAAGCUACGCCAGUCUAUUCGCACAGUUCUUUUCAACCAGUUCAUCAUCUCUCUCCCCAUGGUGGUUCUCCUCUAUCCCUUUCUCAAGUGGUGGGGAGACCCCUGCCGCCGUGAGCUGCCUACCUUCCACUGGUUCCUCCUGGAGCUGGCAAUCUUCACCCUGAUUGAGGAAGUCUUGUUCUACUACUCACACCGGCUCCUUCACCACCCAACAUUCUAUAAGAAAAUCCACAAGAAACACCACGAGUGGACAGCUCCCAUUGGUGUGAUCUCUCUCUAUGCACACCCUAUAGAGCAUGUGGCCUCCAACAUGCUGCCGGCGAUGGCGGGUCCUUUAGUAAUGGGCUCCCAUUUAUCCUCCAUCACCAUGUGGUUUUCCCUGGCCCUCGUCAUCACCACCAUCUCCCACUGUGGCUACCACCUACCCUUCCUGCCUUCACCUGAAUUCCACGACUACCACCAUCUCAAGUUCACCCAGUGCUACGGGGUGCUGGGGGUGCUGGACCACCUCCAUGGGACCGACGCCCUGUUCAAGCAGACCAAGGCCUAUGAGAGGCACAUUCUCCUGCUGGGCUUCACGCCGCUCUCUGAGAGCAUCCCCGACUCCCCGAAGAAGAUGGAGUGAGAGAGGGCCAUCUCGGCUGUCCACUGAGCAGCAGGAUGCAGAGGUGGCCCGAGACCUCUUGACUGCACCUAAGAACUUGCCUCCUUUAGCCACACACUCUUUAAUGAUGUCACCACUAGGGCCGAGGGAAGGUCAGCUUCCUGGAGAAGCAGGAUCUAGGAUGGGGCCAGGGCUUCCCCCAAAUAAGUGUCUUUGAUGUGCCCUGAUAGGACCAGGAGUUGGUUUAAGGAAAAGGAAAAAACAGCUCCCCAGAAUGGAGGCCAGUCACAAGGAGGAAAACACUUUGAAAGGGUUCCCAUGAGUCCCCCAGUCUUCUGCUCUGGAAAGGGAGAGGGGUUCCACCCCAGACAACUCCACUGUGGCCUAGGCAAGGAGCAGAGAACGGCAAAGGUGACAGUGGGACUGGAGGCCACCUGGCUUCAGGGAGAGCUCCUUGUGGUGCCAGGGGCUGGGGGAACCAGGUAUUACUUUGCCCCUUCCUGUCCCAAAAGGCUUUUCUCAUACCCUACUCAGGACAGGGCCAGGACACCCUGACAAAUGGUUACAGGUCUCAGUUCCUAACAUGCCAGAUGCCAGUGCCACUUCCCCUCCACAGACACAGACACAGACACACACACACACACACGAGUCAGUGACCACAUUUCAACUCUGCCCCACCACAAACAAAUGUCUUCACUCUCUGGAAAAUAAAAAAAUCACAGGAGCUCCUCCCUGGACUGAAACUGAGAUACCAAAGAGAUGCAGACCAAAUCCCAACAUCUUUAGCAUUAUGUGGAAACCAAAGACCAAACCUCGAGGAACUACUAAGCUGAGGGCCCUUUUGCCCACAAAGGGGUCAGGGUUGCUGCCCUUUGGGGACACCCAGCUGAGGCCCUUAAGUAGCCUACCCGAAUCAGGACCAGAGGUUAGAACUUCUUUCUCCCCCAACAAAGACCCCAGAAAACUAUGGCUGAGCAAAGGGCAAAAUCCCUUUUUCCCCAAAUGGCUAAACAUCUUUCCCAACACCAUUUAUUCAGGGUGAUUUUACCAGGAACCUUAUUGUCUACAACAAAACCAUAACCUGGCACUGUGGCUCGUGCCUUUAGUCACAGCUACUUUGGAGGCUGAGGCAGGAGGACCACUUGAGCUCAGGAGAGUUGGAGACCAGCCUAAACAACAUGGUGAAACACCGUCUUAAAAAAAAAAAAAAGAACAAUAAAACAAAACCACAGAGCUGCUUGGGUUUAAGUGGUCCCUAUUCUGGACUCUCUUCAGCAGCCAGACAUGGCCAGGAACCCUGUUGCUCCCAAGAACAAUUUGAAGACCACUCUUUGAUUUGAAAGACCAUUUACCAAAUUUUUACGUACUUUGUGCUUAUUUCUAGCUUUCAGUUCUCUUCUGUUAAGAAAACCACCUGCUGUGGCUUUAACAUCUGAUUCGGUCAAGUUUCCAGGCAGGAUUGUCUAAAAGGACUUCUUCCUAUCAGCCCUAGGACUGCAGAGGACUUGCCCGGUAGGGCAACUGAGCACUCACCAGACACGUCCUCCCUGGCCUUGGUGGGCCCAGCUCCUUCCCUAGGAUGGUUUGUGCCCUUAGUUUCAAGUUCAGCUUCUCGUGCAUCAAAGCCUAAAUUCUCACAGCUGCUGGCCUGUACCUAUCCCCUAUUUCUACAAAUAAAGAUUUGGAAAAAAGUC